UCGUGAGAUAGCACGUGCAUUUUUCGAAUUGGAUCUGAGUUGUUGUUCCGAGCGUGUUGAAGUCGAAGUGUGCUAAAAGUCAUGUGAAACCGUCUAGCUUUAAGGGUUCCAAAGAACAAAGUGUUAUCAUGCCAAAAACUGUUCCAAAGAGUUCCGCCAAUGAUCUCGUCGGUAGUGCCCGUAGUAGUACUAAUGGGUCGACAUCAGGUGCCAAACGAAGGCACAGUGAGCUGGAACCAAAUGGUGGGAGCGAUUCAUCCGAAUCACCCCGGAAGCGACCAAAUCGAAUCGAACCGGACCAAAGAACUGAACGACCUCAACCCAUUAACCCCGUUAUUGAUGCAGCGGCUUCGGCAAAUCCUUCACCACCCAAUUCUCCCGGUGGCGGCGUAGGACCGGACUUUCUGCUGCAAGCUCUGAGACGCAUCCAGGAGCUACAGGAUGAGAUCGAUUUUCUGGAGAAUGAUCCCUACGCGGAGGACGCCGACUCGACGGAGGAUGAUGAGUCCAGUUUCGAACAGGACCACCACCCGGCGGUUGGCUCGGUCGUGUUGGGCCACCAAGCGGAGGCAUUGGGGUUUGCCGUAUGUGCACGGGAAACUAUGGCGUUCCUCGAGCGUGAGGGUGUCUCCUCGGACGAUCCGAUGCUGGUGAAUCUAAGAAAUCGUUUGAUUGGGCGAGCCGAGCAAAAUUUGUCCUGCUGAACAUAAACGGGGGGAAGUUGUGUGAUUCUAGUCAGAAGGUGUGAGUGUGUGCUUUGGAGUGAAGUACUUGCAGUCGCGAGGAAAGAUUCUAGUCAGACCCGUUAGCUUUGUAAGGAACCAAAGUUUUUGU